CUGGGUCUCAGCGCUCGUGCUUUUGUUGAGGCUGUCCCGGUUUCCAUUGGUAACGGGCACGCGCGCAGAUUUCACCAUAAACACUCCGUUUCUCCUGCUGGGAAUCAGAUAUGACCUCAAAACAGAAGAAGGGUCUCAGAGGCUCUAUAGAUGACGUGUUAGGAGAUCUGCUGGGCGAUGAUGAUGAUGAAGGUCCGGUGAAGGUGCGCUCGCCUGCAGCCGUGUCCAGCAGACCCGCGGCCGUCCUCACGUCACGCAGCGGGAAGAGAUCACUGCUGGACGAUGAUUUCUUCAGUAAACUGGCAGAAGAGGCUGAGAGAGAUGAGGAGGGCUCUGAUGUGUCUGAGGCCGAUCCUGCCGCUCUGCUGGACAGCAUGAAGGACAUAGAUGACAUGGAUGCGGAUCUGUUCAGCUCGAAGAGGAAGCCGAGUUCAGCUCCAGCUCAGAGGAAAGAAGCUAAAGGAGGAGCGUCUAAAGCAGGAGAUCAGAGCAAAACCACAGAAGAGAAAAAGCCCAGUUCUGCUCCGGCCUCCACAGCGAGAGCUUACAAGAAGUUCAGCUUUCUGGAUAACGUGGACGAUUCGCUGGAUGAUCUGUUGGGCGAUCUGGAACACAAGCAGAAGAUGAUGAAGAAAACCGAGCGGCCGCGCUCUUCCUCACCUGCCGUUUCUCAGAAAACAGAGACGGCGUCUCCAGCAGCUGCCGUGAGGAAGAGGGACGAUCUGACGUUUGAUGAUGAAGAUGAUCUGAUGGAUGCUCUGGGCUUCGGAGAAACAAACAAAACACAAGGAAACGGACUGACACUGAAAAAAGAGAGUGAUCCUCCUCUGAGAGCUCGCACCAAACUGGAUGAGAUCUUGGGCCGAGGGACGUCUCCUCGUCUGCUGGAGAGACCCGUGACGGGAGAGAAGAAAGAGACGCCACAGAAAGAGAAACCGCCGGAGAAGAGCUCAGCGGGAAGAGCCUCUCUGAUGGACGAGGAGGACUUCACAUUCGGCUCUUAUCAGCCCACGAUGGCUUCGACUCCAGAGGGCCGUCAGUCCCGGAGACAGUCUGUCAGAUUCUCGACUGAAGACGUGAGCGUUCACUCGCCUGAACACAAGCCCAAACCCUCCACACGCGCCGUCCGGCCCAGAUCAGACUGGCUCGGCCUGAAUCAGGAGGAGGAGGAGGAAAAGAUGAAGGAGGAACCCAAACAACCUGCUCCGGAGAUCCUGAAGCCUCCAGCGUCUCCCUCCUUAACGGCCCGGAAAGAAACACCUGCAGAUCCGCCGGCUGCACCCUCGUCUCCUAAAACCGUCUCGAGACCGGUGAAGAGAGAUGAGGAGGACGAUGACUGGCUCGCUGGAGCACUCAGUCGCAGGAAAACACAGUUAGUGAGCCAAUCAGAGGAGAGAGAGAGGAAACAGCAAGUUUCAUCAGGAGUAAGGGAGGAGGAGGACGUGUUUCUCAGCUCUAAAUCAAAUGUCUCUUCAGCCCCACGACUGAAACGACCGGACGAGCCUCCUGUCCCAAACACAGAGUCCAGCAGAGAGUCCACUGGCAUCUCCAUCCAACACAACACAAGCACAGAAACACAACAUAAACCUGGACUCAAUCAGACCCUCUCGUCACGACCCUCAAACACAACCAGCAGCGCACAACACACCGCACACGCUCAGGACCCCAGAACAGCCUCAGGACGGGACGGCCCGACAGAGACGCCCCCCUCCAACCCCGUCCACGGGUGGCCCGUGCCCACUAUAGCGCCCCCUGCAGCAUGGUUGUUUCCACCAGCGGAGGGCGCUGUACCUGUGACACAAACACACACGCCUCUGCCUGCAGACAGUCUACAGCAGCUGCUCAUACAGCAACAGUUGGCUCAGUCUCAUCUGUGGGGUUUGAGCAGCUCUCUGGACGUGAACAGACACAGAACAGACACGGACCAUCAGCACACAGACGUGACGUCACUGCAGAAACGCAUCAUUCAGCUGGAGGCACAGGUGAGGAGUUUACAGCUGGAGAGAGAUCAGAAUCACAUGCUGUUGGAGAGCGUUCAGCAGAGACACAAACAGGACACUGAGCUCAUGGAGAACAUGCACAGAGCUCGUGUGAAGCUGCUGGAGGAAUCGGCCGCCCAGCGAGAGCUGCGCUCGCGGCAGGAGAACGAGGACCUGGCGGAGAGACUGGCUGCCGUCACACGUAUGGCGGAGCAGGAGCGUGCGGAGAUUCAGGCGCAGCACCAGCGCAGACUCGCACAGAGUCAACAGGACCGAGACAGAGAGGUGGAGAGACUCAGAGACCUGCAGAGGAAGUCCAUCCUGGAGAUGAAGAGAGAUCAUGAAGAGCAGAUCCAGCACCUGAAGAAGCUGAAGGACGAGGAGAUCGACGCCGUGACCAGCGCCACGUCACAGACCAGGUCUCUGACGACCGUCAUCGAGCAGAUGGAGCUGUUCUCCCGCAGGCUGGGCGACCUGUCGUCUCGAGUGGAGAGCUCACAUGAGCACACGGCGCAGGGACUGGAGAUCGGAGCCAGACAGAGAGACCAGCAGCUCAGAGUGCUGCAGGAGCGUUUGAGUCAGCAGCAGCGCGAGAUGAGCGACGAGAGGUCACGUCUCAAAGAGGUCAUCGCCAAGAUGGACACACAGCUGGCUGAGCAGCAGAGACAGCUGGAGAAGGAGCGCUGGCGUGUGACAUCAGAACAGGCCAAAGCUGAAUCAUCUCUACGAGGACUAGAGGAGGAGAGACGGACCAUGAUGCAACACUUCAGCAUGGAGAGAGAGGAGCUGGAAAAAGCUCAGAGCGCUCUGCUGGAGGAGCAGCAGUCCGUCAUGCAGCACUGCGCUGAAGAGCGGCGGAAGCUGGCGGCCGAGUGGAGCAGGUUUCACACGCAGGAGAAGCUGCGUCAGGAGCGGGCCGAGAGAGAGACCAGCCGCGCCAUGGAGAGAGACGCCAACAGAGAGGGGUCCAUCCUCAGCAUGGCACAGGAGCAGGCCGAACUGAAGCUGCGCUCCGGAGAGCUGAAACAGAAGGAGGAAUCGCUGCAGAGAGAGAGAGACGGCCUGGAGAAAGAGAGACAGGAGCUGGAGAGAGAGAAAGAGAAGCUGAGCUCCACGGCACUGCGACUCAAAACACGGGCACAGGAAGUGGAGGCGUUCAGUAAGCUGGCGUCCGAGCGCUUCGAGGAGGGAGAGCGAGCGCUGCGGGAGGCCAGACAGGUGGAGGCCGAACAUCAGACCAGACUGCGAAACAUACACACACAGAUAGAGCGACUGAGACAACAGGAGCACAACUUACAACAGGAGCGCUUGAGGAUGACGGAUCAUCACAGAGACUUGGAGCGACUGAGACACACUCUUCCUGUCAAUCCAGUGACGUCAGCGCCUCUCAUCGCAGAUUUCUCUCCAGCGUUGGCCAGCACACACCUGAGCGCCGCUGUCAACCCGGUGCCCGCCGAACUACACGCCCGACUCGCCCUCAUCAAACACACCGCUGAGAAGGACAGAGACUUCCUGCAAGAGGAGCAGUACUUCCUGGACACCCUGAAGAAAACAUCGUACAACUCAGUCUUCAACACAUGACCAUAGACACUGGAGACAUUUUGAUACACUUUAUUUGAUAAUAAACACGGUUAAAAAAGAAAAAAA